CAGACGAAUAUUAAUCGACUCAGUUCAGAAUCGACGGCUAACGGGACGAGACAACGGACAUACAGAUCGAAAUCUGGAAAAUGGAUAUCCAUUCUUUAAUAUAUAGAUCAUUACAAGAAUCAAACAGAAUUUCAACAUUUAAUAAUCCUUUCCCCUGUCGACCUUGGCUUAAAGAUUCUGGAUUUGGAGCUCCUGCCGGUAAUGGCUUGAAGGGAAUAAUAGCUGGUGGAAUUACUGGAGGUAUAGAAAUAUGUAUUACGUAUCCAACAGAAUAUGUAAAAACUCAAUUGCAACUUGAUGGAAAAGCUGGGGCAGGCAAGCAAUAUUCAGGAAUAUGGGAUUGUGUAACAAAAACUAUAAAAACUCAUGGAGUUUUUGGCCUCUAUAGAGGCCUUGCCGUCUUAGUUUAUGGUUCAAUACCUAAAUCGGCAGUACGUUUUGGUUCUUUUGAAACGAUGAAGGGUUUAUUAGUAGAUGAAAGUGGCAAACUUACUACUCAAACUAGCUUUUUAGCAGGAUUAUGUGCUGGUGCAUCUGAAGCUAUUCUUGCAGUUACUCCAAUGGAGACAAUUAAAGUAAAAUUUAUUAAUGAUCAACGAUCUCCUAAUCCAAAAUACAGGGGAUUUCUUCAUGGAGUAAGAAUGAUUAUUAAGGAAUAUGGAUUCAGAGGCAUAUAUCAAGGUUUAACACCUACAAUCUUAAAGCAGGGAUCGAAUCAAGCUAUCAGAUUUUGUGUUAUGAACAUGUUAAAGGAUUGGUAUAAGGGUGAUAAUAAAGAUGCAUCUGUACCAAAAUUGGUGAUUGGUGGAUUUGGUGCAUGUGCUGGAGCAGCGUCAGUCUUUGGAAAUACUCCUCUUGAUGUUGUUAAGACUAGAAUGCAGGGUUUGGAGGCUGCAAAAUAUAAAAACACUGUUGAUUGUAUAAUUCAAAUAUGGAAGAAUGAAGGACCAACUGCAUUUUACAAAGGAACUCUUCCAAGAUUAAGUAGAGUAUGUUUAGAUGUUGGCAUUACAUUUAUGAUAUAUGAUUCCUUUAUGGAACUUUUCAGCAAAGUUUGGCCAUGAGAGUUACUAUAUGUUUCUAAAUAUAUAAUUAGAGGCAUUCAUGCAAACAUAGCUUUCAUAUAUACAUACAUUUUAUAUUUGUAUAAUAUAUAUAUAUUUUUCUAAGAAAAAUUUUUAUUUAAUAUAUAAUUUAUAUAGCUAAUAGAGAAAAUUCUAUAUGGAUUUGAUUCACAGAUAAUACAAUUUUAUUUACAAA